AUGAAUAUCUCCUUUUCACUCAUGGCAAUGUCUCUUUUGCCUUUGUUGAUUUUCUUCCAAGCAAUUAAAGAAAUACUCCUACACACGAUAAGAACAUGUAAACGUUAUCUUUCUUUCUUAUCUUUGUACCGAUUAUUCAUUAUUAUUUUUUACUUUAUUUGUUUCCUUUUUCCUCUUCUCUUAAAUUUUACCUUUUCCUCUUUCAUUUUUUCUUUCUUGCUCUCUUUGGUUUUUUUUUUCUUUCUCUUUUUUUUUUUUCUUUCUUGCUCUCUUUCGCUUUUUUUUUUUCUUUCUUGCGUUUUUUUUUUCUUUUUUUUUUUUUUUCUUUCUUGCUCUUUCGUUUUUUUUUUUUUCUUUCUUGCUCUCUUUCGCUUUUUUUUUUUUCUUUCUUGCUCUCUUCGCUUUUUUUUUUUUUUCUUGCUCUCUUUCGCGUUUUUUUUCUUUCUUGCUCUCUUUCUUUUUUUUUUUCUUGCUCUCUUUCGCGUUUUUUUUUUUUUCUUGCUCUCUUCGUUUUUAUUCUUUUUGCUCUCUUUCGCGUUUUUUUAUUCUUUCUUUCUUUCGCGUUUUUAUUCUUUCUUGCUCUCUUCGCGUUUUUAUUCUUUUCUUUUUUUUUUUUUUUUUUAUUUUUUGCUCUCUUUCGCGUUUUUUUAUUCUUUCUUGCUCUUUUUUUUUUUAUUCUUUCUUGCUCUCUUCGCGUUUUUUAUUCUUUCUUGCUCUCUUUCGCGUUUUUAUUCUUUCUUUCUUUGCGUUUUUUAUUCUUUCUUGCUAUUCUUUCGCGUUUUUAUUCUUUCUUGCUCUCUUCGCGUUUUUUAUUCUUUCUUGCUCUCUUUCGCGUUUUUUAUUCUUUUUUGCUUUCUCUUUUUUUUUUUUUUAUUCUUUCUUGCUCUUUCGCUUUUUUAUUCUUUCUUGCUCUCUUUCGCGUUUUUAUUCUUUCUUGCUCUCUUUCGCGUUUUUUAUUCUUUCUUGCUCUCUUUUCGCGUUUUUUCUUUCUUUCUUCUCUCUUCGCGUUUUUUAUUCUUUCUUGCUCUCUUUUCGCGUUUUUUAUUCUUUCUUGCUCUCUUCGCGUUUUUUAUUCUUUCUUGCUCUCUUUCGCGUUUUUUAUUCUUUCUUGCUCUCUUUCGCGUUUUUUAUUCUUUCUUGCUCUCUUUCGCGUUUUUUAUUCUUUCUUGCUCUCUUUCGCGUUUUUUAUUCUUUCUUGCUCUCUUUCGCGUUUUUUAUUCUUUCUUGCUCUCUCUUUCUCGCGUUUUUUAUUCUUUCUUGCUCUCUUUCGCGUUUUUUUAUUCUUUCUUGUUUUUAUUCUUUCUUGCUCUCUUUCGCGUUUUUAUUCUUUCUUGCUCUCUUUCGCGUUUUUAUUCUUUCUUGCUCUCUUUCGCGUUUUUAUUCUUUCUUCUCUCUUCGUUUUUUUAUUCUUUCUCUCUUUCGCGUUUUUUAUUCUUUCUUGCUCUCUUUCGCUUUUUUUAUUCUUUCUUGCUCUCUUUCUUUCUGUUUUUUUUUAUUCUUUCUUGCUCUCUUCGCGUUUUUUAUUCUUUCUUGCUCUCUUUCGCGUUUUUUAUUCUUUCUUGCUCUCUUUCGCGUUUUUUCGCGUUUUUUAUUCUUUCUUUCUCUUGCUCUCUUUCGCGUUUUUAUUCUUUCUUUUCUUGCGUUUUUCUCUUUCGCGUUUUUUAUUCUUUCUUGCUCUCUUUCGUUUUUUUUAUUCUUUUUGCUCUCUUUCGCGUUUUUAUUCUUUCUUGCUCUCUUUCGCGUUUUUUUAUUCUUUCUUGCGCGUUUUUUCUCUUUCGCGUUUUUUAUUCUUUCUUGCUCUCUUUCGCGUUUUUUAUUCUUUCUUGCUCUCUUUCGCGUUUUUUAUUCUUUCUUGCUCUCUUUCGCGUUUUUUUCUUUCUUGCUCUCUUUCGCGUUUUUUUUUUCUUUCUUGCUCUCUUUCGCGUUUUUUUUUUUCUUUCUUGCUCUCUUUCGCGUUUUUUAUUCUUUCUUGCUCUCUUUCGCGUUUUUAUUCUUUCUUGCUCUCUUUCGCGUUUUUAUUCUUUCUUGCUCUCUUUCGCGUUUUUUUAUUCUUUUUGCUCUCUUUCGCGUUUUUAUUCUUUCUUGCUCUCUUUCGCGUUUUUUUUUUAUUCUCUCUUUCGCGUUUUUUCUUUCUUUCUUUUUAUUCCUUUGCUCUCUUUCGCGUUUUUUUUUUCUCCCUUCGCUGCUCUCUUUCGCGUUUUUUUUUUCUCCCUUCGCUGCUCUCUUUCGCGUUUUUUUUUUCUCCCUUCGCUGCUCUCUCUGAUUAGAAUUCUCUCUGCUUUCUUAAUGCAUAUACCUGUAUAG